GUUGUUAACAAACAACUUUCAAAUCACAUUUCCCGGACAGUUUUCACCCAAACUCUGGAUAGUAGACGUCGAUUGUAAUCUAAAAACAAAGUGAACCAUGAACCGGCCUAUUUGGACAUUGCCUUUGAGCAAACCUAUGAUCAACAAGCUGAAUAAACUAGGAUACAAAUGUUGUGAAGAUUUGAUCGACUCACUUGAUGACUCUCAACAAAAAUCAAAAUAUUUGCGAAAACAUUUGGAAUCGGAAUCUGAUAUUCGUGAUAUGCUUAAAGUUCCGAAACCCAUGUGUGCUGCAGAACUACUUGAAGAAGAAUGUGAUUGUAUAGCUACUUUCUGCAAGGCUAUAGACGAGCUUUUAAACGGUGGCGUUCAACUUGGACGAAUAACGGAACUGUCUGGAGCUCCAGGAUCAGGAAAAAGUCAACUGUGUAUGCAACUCUGUGUUUCUGUUCAAAUACCUAUAUGUUUCGAAGGCUUACAGUCCGAAGCCAUUUAUGUGGACACCAAUUCAAAUUUUUCACAACUCCGAUUAACAGAAAUGAUUGACGGUUUCCUUGACCAUGUGUCUAAAGUGUUGUCGGGACCCAACGAUUUCAAAGGAGCCAACAGCGAAUUGCUAAAGAGUUUGACUGCCGCUAGCAUGCUGAGUAAAAUACACAGGGUUCAAAUGAAUGACCUAAACCAGCUGCACACUUUGUAUACAAUACUCGAACAGCAUCCAAACGUAAAAUUAAUCGUGGUGGACAGUUUUGUCAUGCCACUGUACACAAUAGAAAAUUCGACGAGAAAGAACAUGCUCGUUCACAGUGCUCUUGAUUUAUUACAAUCGAUCGCCUCUGAACAUAAUCUAGCUGUAGUACUAACGAAUGACCUGACUACUGUAGUGCACGAAAAGGGUACAGAAAUUUCCUCGGCAUUAGGGGAAACAUUUGCUCAUCGCGUUCAGUACAGACUUUUGUUGAGCAAAAUUCCAAACAGUUCAAAUGGGUAUACGGCUUUAUUGAAGAAAAGCGUGGAGCACAGCCGUUCUGCCGCUCAAUUCGCGAUUUCAUCGGAAGGAGUGCGCGAUAUGCGUACGGAGCAACAGUAAAAAGAGGAAUGCUGGGGAAUUAAAAACAAUAAUAACCAUUCCAUUUACAUUAUGUAUAAAUAGUAUAACAUUAUGGGUGUACACAGAUACAUAU